AGUCGAUGUUUUGAGUUCGUCGAGAGAGGUUGUCCGUGUUGAAUCAUCUCAGAUUUAUUCUCUUCAAUCAAGUCUACCGCAAAUUCUCUUCAACCGAGAACAUUGUGUUUGCAUUCUCUGAUCAUUUCCCCAGCAGUUUUCCUGUGAAAAUAUCCCAAUCAUUGAAAAAUUGGUGAAAAUUUUGUGGAUUUUGGCGCCGAGACUUUUUUUUUUGAAGUGACAGCGGCGAUGUGAAAAGUCGCUCUCUCGUGAGCACAAGUGUGAGAGAGUGGAGUGUUUUGUGGAGUGGAUUUGGUGGGUGAAAAUGGUAGAGAAAUCACCGUGAAGGGUGGAAAAGUGAUUGAAUUGUGUGCAAAGAACCCCAUAAAGUUGGUAAAAGGGGAGAUUUUUUGGUGUUUUUCUUGGUGAAUUUGGCUAAAAAAUUGGCUGAGAGAAUUCUCUCGCGCAUUGGAAAUUUGUUGGAUGACAGCUGCUCAAGUUGGAAGUGAGAGUGAGACAGAGAGCUGAGAAAUUCUGUGUUUGUGAGUGAGAUAGACAGACGACGCGCGUAACAAAGAGAGAUUGACGAUUAGAGUUUCUCUCUCACGCAACCAUCUUGAAUGCCCCCCACCACCAAAACUCUUCUCAAACAAUCAAAUGGGCUUUUCCCCAAUUUUCCCCUGGUCAGCAAUUAAUACCGAAUUAAUUGAAUCAAAUUCUCUCUCUCUGGGGCAAAUUCUCUCUUUGUUCGUGUGUAUGUUUUCAAUUAAUUGAGUACACUUGUGAGAGAGAAAGAGGGGGAUUUUUUCGUAAAAAGGAACACAGAGAGGGAGAGAGAGUGGCGCCGCCUAGAGAAAAUUCAUAAAUUUUUUUUUCUGUGAGAGACUUUCCGAAGAGACAAGAGUGAGAGGGCGAUUGUGAGGGAAAAGGAUAGAGAUAGAAAAUAUAUCGCGCGCGAUUUUAAUUUUUUUCAUAAAAAACGUCAUUUUAAUCAGUUGGCGGGUGUUCUUUUUCAAAAUAAAAUUUAAAAUAAAAUUGCUCUAAAAGACAAGUGACUAAGAAAAAAGUGUUUUUUGCGCUCUUUUGAGGAUAUCAGUGAUUUCUUGUGCAUCUCCGGAUGCCAAUUAAAUGGUCAAAUUGGCAAUUUUGAGUGUUGCCGCGUGAAGAAGAAGAGCCACAACCAACGAAGGAGCUGAAAGAAAACGAGUUUGCCGCCAAGAAAACAGAUAAAAACACCUUGAUUUAAGCAAUUAGUCAUGUAUCCGACACCGGCUCGACAUCCACCAGCAGCGGGACCACCGCCUCAAGGACCCAUAAAAUUCACAAUAGCUGACACACUGGAGCGGAUAAAGGAGGAAUUUAAUUUUCUACAGGCACAGUAUCACACAUUGAAAUUGGAAUGUGAGAAAUUGGCCGGCGAGAAAACAGAGAUGCAGAGGCAUUAUGUUAUGUACUAUGAAAUGUCUUAUGGAUUAAAUGUGGAGAUGCACAAACAGACGGAAAUAGUGAAGCGCCUAAAUGCCCUAAUUAAUCAACUGCUACCGUUUCUGGCACAGGAACACCAACAGCAGGUCAUCCAGGCGGUGGAGAGGGCCAAACAAAUUACCGUGCCUGAGCUGAAUGCAAUAAUUGGGCAGCAGCAUCAACAGGGACUUCAGCAACUUAUCCAACAAAUUCAUGCUCAACAACUGCCAGGUGCUCCUCCGCAGCCAAUUCCAUCUCUGGGAGCCGCCCUGGCGGGUCCUCUGGGUGCCUUUGGGGGCCCAAUUGGACUACCACAUGGAGGUCCACAGGGUCUACUGAAGGCACCUCAGGAUCUCCACAGGGAGGACAUUAAAGUUCCUCUUGGACCUGCAGCUGAAGAGCGUUUGAGAAACUCAGUGUCUCCGGGUGAGAGGGAAAAGUAUCGUCCUCGAACUCCCCUGGAUAUGGAAGGAGAUGCCAAAAGGCGGAAGGAAGAGAAACUCACUCAUGAGAGUGAUGGUGAAAAAAGCGAUCAGGAUUUAGUUGUGGACGUCGCUAAUGAAAUGCAGGAAUCCCCUUCUCCGAGACCAAAUGGUGAUCACGCGUCCAUAGAGUCGAGAGAUCGCGAUCGAGACAGUAUUGGCCUGAAUGGCGAUCGACCAGAUAAGGCUGGAAGUAGUUCAAAGCCAUCGAGUCAGGAGCGUCCACCAUCGAGAUCGGGUUCAAGUUCAUCGCGUUCAACACCAAAUCUCAAGACAAAGGAUCUCGAAAAGCCUGGGACACCCGGAGGCAAGGCGCGAUCCACGACGCCAAAUGCCGCUGUUGCUGGAACCCCCAAAUCUAAUGUUCCACCCGCUCCGGCCGGCUAUCCCCCUUCGCCAUAUCAGAGGCCAGCGGACCCCUAUCAGCGUCCGCCCCCGGAUCCAGCCUACGGACGCCCACCGAUGCCCUUUGAUCCCCAUGGCCAUGUCCGGACAAAUGGCAUUCCCAUUCCUGGAGCCAUUACAGGAGGAAAGCCUGCCUACUCCUUUCACAUGAACGGCGAGGGAACCCUGCAACCAGUACCCUUCCCAGCCGAUGCUCUGGUUGGCUCGGGGAUCCCCCGGCACGCCCGUCAGAUCAAUACGCUCUCUCACGGUGAAGUUGUUUGCGCCGUGACCAUCUCGAAUCCCACCAAAUACGUCUACACCGGAGGCAAGGGCUGCGUCAAAGUCUGGGAUAUUUCCCAGCCUGGCAGCAAAACCCCCGUGAGCCAGUUGGAUUGCUUGCAACGUGACAACUACAUUCGUUCAGUGAAGCUUCUUCCGGACGGACGAACUUUGAUUGUGGGAGGAGAGGCUUCAAAUUUGUCCAUCUGGGACUUGGCCAGUCCGACUCCGCGAAUUAAGGCGGAACUGACUUCAGCAGCUCCAGCCUGCUAUGCUCUGGCCAUCAGUCCUGACUCCAAAGUGUGCUUCUCCUGUUGCAGUGACGGAAACAUCGCUGUCUGGGAUCUGCACAAUCAGACACUUGUCAGACAAUUCCAAGGGCAUACGGAUGGCGCUUCUUGUAUUGACAUCAGUCCGGAUGGCUGCCGUUUGUGGACUGGAGGACUGGAUAACACAGUGCGAUCGUGGGACUUGCGAGAAGGGCGACAGUUGCAGCAGCAUGACUUCAGUUCGCAGAUCUUCUCCCUCGGAUAUUGUCCGACAGGCGAGUGGCUGGCAGUUGGGAUGGAAAAUUCGCACGUUGAAGUGCUGCAUGCUACGAAAACUGACAAAUAUCAACUCCAUUUGCACGAAAGUUGCGUUCUUUCACUGAGAUUCGCAACUUGCGGCAAAUGGUUCGUGUCCACUGGCAAGGACAAUCUCCUGAAUGCUUGGCGUACUCCCUACGGUGCCAGCAUAUUCCAGUCCAAGGAAACAUCAUCAGUUUUAAGCUGCGAUAUCUCAACUGACGAUAAGUACAUUGUGACCGGAUCAGGAGACAAGAAAGCCACAGUUUAUGAAGUUAUUUACUAAAAAAACAAAAACAAAAAAUAAUUGAGAGACAAUGCAAAAGAAACCCAAUGAAAUUUGACAAAAGAAAAAAAAACAAAGUGUUUAAAGUGAAGAAAAUCAUUUAAACUUCAACAAACGAAGACUGACUUAAGAAGGAGAAAAUGAAAAGAAGAAAAGAGUACAUUAAGGAAUUCUAGAAAUCCUUUAGAAAAAAAAAGAAAUGAAGAAAGUUAGUGGGACAAUUCUGAAGGAAGUGACUCGAGAGACAAAAAGGAAAAUCUCUGCGGAAAAGUAAGUAAAAAAAAAGAAAAAAUUGUAGAAUAUAUUUGACGUUAAUUAUUGAGAAAAUAAAAGGAAAAAAAAAGUAUGCUCUAAAUGUAGCUGUAACUUGGAGUAUGAUUUAAUGAAGAAAAAAUUGUAAGAAGUACUAAAAAAAAGAAGAAAAAAUUGCAGAUGAAAGAAUGGAUAAAGAUUUGUAUAAUUUACAGUAUAAUAAUGUGAAUUUAAUGCACAUGUGAUAAAUCCACAAAUUAAUAGCACAUUCGUACAAGUAUAGAUGGAAUUAAAUAUUAAAAAAAAGAAAAAAUAUAUUAAUUAGAAGAAUGAUCGUGAAGAAAAAAAAGAAUAAAAUCAAUACAUUUCUCAUGAGGAUUUUCUUUCCAAGAAUCCUUCAAAAAAAAUUUAAA